AUGGGUAUCUACAAUAAGCUUGCGGAUAACAUUGAUGAGGUAGACAUCAUUAUAGCCGGAGGUGGAACAGCGGGAUGCAUUAUAGCUGGUCGGCUCGCGGAAGAUGAUCCAUCCCUCUCUAUCCUUGUAAUCGAAGGUGGCGCAAACAACAAAGAUGUCGCCAGCAUCGUCAAUCCCGUUUUCUACCUACAGAAUCUACUACCCGCCACGAAGACUGCUCUCUUUUACAAAGGAAACAAGUCGAAACAGCUCGCAGAUCGCGAGCCCAUCGUACCAUGCGGUGGUACGUUGGGUGGAGGUAGUUCUAUUAAUUUCAUGAUGUACACACGAGCACAAAGAUCAGAUUUCGAUAGCUGGGACACACCCGGCUGGUCAGCUGAGGAGAUGUGGCCGCAUCUGAAAAAGCUAGAGACCUACCAUGGACCGGGAGCUAAGGAGCACCACGGUCAUAAUGGACCUAUCCAUGUCUCAGACGGAGGCUACCGGGCAAAAGCCGCGGAAGAUGACUUCAUAAGCGCAGCUGAGAAGGUCGGCUACCCUGAGAUCGAAGACUUGCAGAACUUGGACGAUAACAACGGCAUUGCGCGAUGGCAACGUUACGUUUCACCCGAAGGCAAACGCCAGGAUACCGCACACACAUACCUCCACCCGAAACUGGAGGAUGAGAAGUACUCGAAUCUUCACGUUCUCGUGGAAUCGAAAGUAGUACGUGUACUUUUUGACGACAACAAACGUGCAACCGGCGUCGAAUAUACACCAAACCCCGAGUUCCAAGCCAUCAUCGGCUUGAGCAUGCACCCUGUCAAGCAAGUCCGCGCUCGCAAGCUGGUCGUCGUUACGUGUGGGGCCUGCGGUACUCCACCAGUACUCGAGCGCUCAGGUGUGGGCUCUAAGGAGGUGCUCGAACGUGCUGGUGUUCCGCUCGUGGAAGAGCUACCAGGCGUAGGAAAGGACUACCAAGACCAUCACCUCCUUCUCUACCCGUACAAGACUGCUCUCGCACCCGACCAAACUAUCGACGGUAUUCUGAGCGGACGUGCCGACGUCGCCGAGAUGAUGAAGAAUAAAGACCCCAUGCUAGGCUGGAAUGGCAUCGACAUAUCUUCCAAGCUUCGUCCUACUGAAGACGAAGUCGCCUCUCUCGGACCAGAAUUCCAGCAAGCAUGGAACCGCGACUUUAAAGAUGCGCCGAACCGUCCGUUGAUGCUGUGUGGUCUGGUAUCGUGCUUCCUGGGUGACCCAGCGAGCAUACCAGCAGGCCAGUACGUCACAGCAGGUAACUACACUGCAUACCCCUACUCGCGCGGACAUAUGCACAUCACAGGCCCCAAGCACGACGACGCACUAGACUUCGAUGUGGGCUUCUUCAACGACAAGGACGAUAUCGACCUCAAGAAACAAAUCUGGGCGUACAAGAAGCAGCGCGAGAUCCUGCGGCGGACAAAAUUCUACCGCGGGGAACUGGCUGCGGGUCAUCCCAAGUUUGCUUCCGAUUCCGCUGUUGCUUUACAAGAGAAUGUUGAUGGGCCUUUGGAAGAUGUCAAAGAUCUUGUCUACAGCAAGGAAGACGAUGCUGCUAUUGAGCAAUGGCUACGUGAGAAUGUCAACACAACGUGGCAUUCCCUUGGCACGUGCAAGAUGGCGCCAAGAGAGAAGGAUGGUGUCGUUGAUGCUUCAUUGAACGUGUAUGGUGUCAAGGGUUUGAAGAUUGCGGAUUUGAGCAUUCCUCCUGAGAACGUGGGUGGAAACACUAAUAAUACGGCCCUUGUUAUUGGCGAGAAGGCGGCAGAUAUUAUCAUCAGCGAAUUGAGGGGCGGUGCUAGUACACCAUAG